AUGGCCCGACCGAACCCUGGUGUUGGCUAUCAAGAUUUCUUGUGGUUGCGUCCUCGUCCACGGUCGGAGUCGGUGGUUGUGUUGGCGAUCCAUAGCGUUUCUGCCUUUAAGAGGAAGCCGUCGGAGGUGGGAUCUGGUCUUGCAUGCAUACUCGACAAGGUCGACCUUGCCUAUGUUUCCAGCGUAUCCGACCAGGCCCAUGAGCCCGAUGGACCUCGGAUCCCUGGUCCCGAUCGGGUGGAUCCUGAGGACAUUCGCCGGAUCGAUCCAACCAACAUUGUGGAACGAGCGCCCUCAACUCUAAACUUAUCUCCUUCACCUCGUGGAUUGCCCUCUUCCGGUCGGGGUCGACGACAGAACCUGGAAGCUAUAAAGACGAAGAAGAAGCUUGUCACAUGA